CUGUAAUCAGUGUGACACACCUAAGAUGGCUGCUUACAGGAGUGUGUGGGGUUUAGCUCACUAGCUCUGAUUUCUGUUCUGUGUGUAGGUACUGUUUUGGUUUUGCGUCGUGUUUGUGUGUGUGUAACUGUGGUCAUGGCGGCUGUUCGAGGGUUUUAUCGGUCUGUCCGUCUGCUGCUGGGACAAAAACACACCGAGACACGGAGCUGGAACAUCACAGUGAGGAGUUGGAGUGGAGCUGCAGCUGAUCCUGCGCCAGAGAUCAAUCACAACGAAGACGUUAAUCAGACGUUUGUGAACCGAAACCCGAGAAAUCUGGAGCAGAUGGCCAUCGCUGUAAAGGACAGAGGCUGGAGCACCGUCUGGCCUAAGAGAGAAUACUACCACAGGUUGGUGUUGAAGCGCUCGCAGCAUCACGUGUCAGCCGCGGUGUUUUGCAGAGACUCGGACGUCCCCGUGCUCACGUGCUCCACACAGGAGUGGGCGCUGAAGAAGCAGCUGAGCUCCACUCACUCUGUGGCUGCGUGUCGCGCCGUGGGAGACGUUCUGGCUCAGCGAUGCUGCGAGGCCGGAAUCACACGACUCUUUUACAGAGAGGUUCCCUGGACCUUCCGCUCCGACGCCGUCCAGACGUUUUGGGCGGCUAUGAGAGAAGGCGGCGUCCUGCUCAGCGAACCCAGACGGAAAUUUACUUAAUAUAUAUUUUGUUCUUUUGUAAUUGACUUGAAGCGCUGAAUAAACAUCCGAAUAAAAAUUCUGGUGUAAUUACAAA